UUUGUGUUUUGGUUCCAGUGGUUCCAUGAGUGGAAGUGGAAGAACCCAGCAAUAAGCGAUGGACAGGGAACUUCAUCUGCAUCGAGCAGAGACUUUCUCCUUCAUUAACCCGUGGAUUCGAUAUUUUCUUUUCUUCUUCAGCUUCCUGUUUUGGGUGUUCUCCUUGUUGAUUGUUGCCAUUGGAGUGUAUGCUAAAGUCCAGAAAGCCACAGACACGGUGCGGGACACGUUCCUGAUCGACCCAGCUGUCAUCCUAAUUGUAGUGGGGGUGGUCAUGUUCUUCAUCACUUUCUGUGGCUGUGUUGGAGCCCUCCGAGAAAACAUUCGCCUCCUCAAAACAUUCUCUUUCAGUCUGACUUUGGUUUUCCUCACCCAGCUGGCCGUAGCGAUUCUGGGCUUUUUCUACGCAGAACAGACCCGCGAAGCCUUGGGAAGGUUUGUGAAGAAAAGCAUUGUGCACUACAGGGAUGACCUGGAUCUGCAGAACUUGAUGGACUACAUUCAGAAAGAGUUUCAGUGUUGUGGAUGGAACAACUACACAGACUGGUCCUGGAACCUGUACUUCAAUUGUUCGAAAGCCAACCCCAGCUCGGAGCGCUGCGCCGUUCCCUAUUCCUGCUGCCCUCCCACUCCCGGAGAGGCUGUAAUCAACACUAUGUGCGGCUUUGGGGUGCAAGCCCUGGACUACCUGGAGGCAAACAAGUCAAUCUACCCAGUAGGCUGUGCAGACGGAGCCGUGUUGUGGAUCGAGUCCCAUCUGUUACUGGUGGGAGCCCUCGCGCUGGGUUUGGCUCUGCCUCAGAUUGCAGGCAUUGUGCUAUCCCAGAUCCUGAUCUCUCAGAUCCAAGAUGAGAUUACUUCGCUGCACUAAGCACGAGCCAACAAAGAGGAAGUAAGGCGAGGAAGACGAAUGGAAGAGGAAGUAAAUGGCAGUUGGAGUGAGUCCAAAGGCACUCACAAGGACACUUUUUCAUUGCUCUUAUACGACUGCUGUGUUCAUGUUCUUCUACACGUGAGCCAUUCAACUAUGUUAUGUCCAUUUUAAAUAUGCAAUGGAUUUGAACACACAUCUAAUACAUCUGCCUUUUCAAAGAUGAUCACCAUCAGUCUUAAUUGACACUAUGAGAAAGGAGUGAAAGUGUGAUUUUGAGAGUUUUGAUUGGAUUUCAUUCAUAUUUUGUACAUCACACACCAGUGUGUACACUAACAACACAUUUGAGGAUUGCAAAAUAAAACAAGAUGUCAUAGCUUUGGAUUGAGAUUUUAAGAAAACGUGACCGUAAAAUGUGUCAGAGAGGCGAUGAAUGGCGGUUAAACAUUAAAGGCCUACUGAAAGCCACUACUAGCGACCACGCAGUCUGAUAGUUUAUAUAUCAAUGAUGAAAUAUUAACAUUGCAACACAUGCCAAUACGGCCACUUUAGUUUACUAAAUUACAAUUUUAUAUUUCCCGCGAAGUGUCGUGUUGAAAACAUCGUGGUAUGAUGACGCGUGCGUUUGACGUCACCGGUUGUAGCGAACAUUAUUUUCCAGCCCGAUCCAAGCUAUAAGUCGUCGGCUUUAAUCGCAUAAUUACACAGUAUUCUGGACAUCUGUGUUGCUGAAUCUUUUGCAAUUUGUUCAAUUAAUAAUGGAGACUAUAAAUAAGAAUGUUGUUGGUGGAAAGCGGUGGAUUGCAGCUGCCUUCAGCAACCGAAACACAGCCGGUGUUUGUUUGUUGUGAAGCUUUAACAAAGAGCGGUCAAGCGAACAUGUUUCUCUACCACAUGUCAACCAAUUGUGAUAUUAAGUCAGCUCUUACCGGAGACUUCAGCGGAUUAUGCGACCUCCUCCUGCAGCUGUCAAAAAGGCAGCUGUGAUCUUGGCUCCUCCAUUGGCUUUUCUCAGAGACACUGGCGUUCACCGCAGCCCUCCGACUUUCAGGUAUGACUUUAUAAUCCCACGAAAACACUAUUAACACAAUAAGCAGAUAGGGGAAUUUACAGAAUUAUCCUAGUAAAUGUGUCUAAUAACAUCUGAAUCGCUCCCACUGCCGCCGCACACGGCCUUUUUAGAUUAUUAAAUUGCAAUUUUAAAUUUCCCGCAAAGUGUCGUGUUGAAAACGUCGUGGUAUGAUGACUCGUAUGAUGAUGCGUGCGUUUGACGUCACUGGUUGUAGCGGACAUUAUUUUCCAGCCCGAUCCAAGCUAUAAGUAGUCUGCUUUAAUCGCAUAAUUACACAGUAUUCUGGACAUCUGUGUUGCUGAAUCUUUUGCAAUUUGUUCAAUUAAUAAUGGAGAAGUCAAAGUAGAAAGAUGGAGUUGGGAAGCUUUUAGCCUUUAGCCACACAAACACACAGCCGGUGUUUCCUUGUUUAAAAUUCCCGAAGAUGAAGCUUUACUAUGGAUCAGAGCGGUCAAGCGAACAUGGAUCCCGACUACAUGUCAACCGGCAGUUUUCGGUGAGAAAAUUGUGGUAAUAAGUCGCCUCUUACCGGAGACAUCAGCGGAGCUUCCGUCCUGCUGCAACUGCCGUGACUUCCCUCAGAGACUCUGGCGUCAACACACCCAUGGCCACACCCCUCCGACUUUCAGGUACUAUUUAAUCUCACUAAAACACUAGCAACACAAUAGGCAGAUAAGCGAUUUUCCAGAAUUAUCCUAGUAAAUGUGUCUAAUAACAUCUGAAUCGCUUCCACUGCGAUACUAGGUUUUUCUGUUGUAUCUACGCGGUUAUGUGGUAGUUGCUAGGUCCUGCCAUGCGCGUAACAGCUUACUUACGGAACAAAUUACAAUAUCUCAUACACUAAUGUAAAGCAUAUCACCUAGGAACUCCAAAAUUAUUAUCAGCUCAGUUUUGACCAAAAUUGAGUUACUGGGUUUUGCCUUUGGUAAAUUUUUUAGGUCUUGCGACAAAUGACGAGGACGGUCGUGCCUUUUGCCACAGUUGCCGUGGUUAAAUCCGAGCCCUGCUUAUACCACCCUCUACGGCAGGGGAGUGGAACUGGUUUUCAACGAAAGCCACAUCGCCAUUUAUGGAUGGCCUCAGAGAGCCGCUUGUAACCGUGAAUAGUUUAGGGAUAUAAAUGUAUGAGGAUUCACCUCAAGGUAUUAUUAUCAAAUUGCCUAAGUAUUUUGAUUAUACACCGUAUUUCCUUGAAUUGCCGCAGGGCAUGUAGUAUGCGCCUGCCUUGAAUUACUGCCGGGUCAAACUCGCUUCCCAAAAUAAUUAGCGCAUGCUUAGUAUUACCGCCUGGUCAAACUCGUGAGGUCACGAGUGACACUUCCCCUGUCAUCAUUAUCAAAAUGGAGGAGGCUGAUUUCAAUACCGGUAAUUUGAAAUCACAUAAAGGGAAGAACAUUAAGAGCUGUUCAGUAGGAUUUAAGGUCCAAGCUUACAUCACACUCAAAUUUUUACUGCAUACCUUUGGUAAGUGCCGGAGUCAGAAGAGGUUUUGAAAUAAGUAGCGCAUGCUUACUUUUAACGCAUGCCUUUGGUAAGCGAAAGGAGUGAGACAAGGUUUUAAAUUAAAUAGCUUCCCGGCGGCGAUUAAAGGAAAUAAGGUAUAUAUUUUUUAAACUUUGGAUUUUGCAGUAAAAAAAACUGGCAGUUUAGUCGCUACAGUUUUACAGUAAAAUUGAUGUUGUUUUUUACAGUAUAUUACUGUAAAUGGAAAAAGGGUACUAUAGUUUUUGUACGACAAAAUCCGAGCAGAGCUGCCAGUUUUUUACUGUAUAUUCUACAGUUUUUUUUAUUUUUAUACUGUACAGUUGGAUGGAAAAUUUGCUUUGAAAUCAUAAGUCAAGCACAUAUUUGCCAUUAUUUCUAUUUUAACAAAAAAAGUUUGAAAUGUAUGAUAGUAAUAUAUUUGUUGCAUUAUUAGAUAAUAUUACAUUUGAAAAGAAAUGCAAUUUCAUGCACUAUGUCUAUUUUUUUCUGUCAAAAUGGAAAGAACACUGCGAUGAGGUGGCGACUUGUCCAGGGUGUACCCCGCCUUCCGCCCGAUUGUAGCUGAGAUAGGCGCCAGCGCCCCCCGCGACCCCGAAAGGGAAUAAGCGGUAGAAAAUGGAUGGAUGGAUGGAAAGAACAAAUACAUUUUGUAAAGUAAUUUAUAUUAUUUCAAAGCGUUUGCAUGCCACAUUAAAUAAUGUGGAGGGCCAGAUCUGCCCCCCGGGCCUUGAGUUUGACAUCUUUGCUCUGUGGCUUUCCAGGAUGGAAUGACGUAACUAAAUAUGUACGUUACAUUAGCUUUUGGUGCUGUUAGCUAAUAAUACCGGUUUGGAUAGCAAUAGUGAGCUGUCAUUGACUGUAUUUUAUAUCAUAACAACAAAACUAGUGCUAAUUGUUCCAGUAAUUGCACUGUUUUUGUAUGUAUGCACACGCUCCCUCGCAUACAUGUGGACGAAGAAAAAAAACUAAUAAUUUUAUUCGGGACAGAAAUUGUUUUUACGACAUAAACUCAGUGUUCUUGUUUCAUUUUUUUGCUUUAAAAAUGUCACAGUGAGCAAAUUGCAAACAGCCUCUUUAAAUGAGCAAAAUAGAAAGCAUAAUCCAUUUAGCGUGUCUGUCUUGAUGUAUAUGCUGAUUAUUAGAACACCCACAAUACUGGGAGAGGAUGCAAACAUAAUCAUUUAACGAUUGCAAUGUGAUUUAUCAUGAAUGAAACUGGGUUUACAAUUAUAGUUGUUGGAUGAAUU